ACACAUAUGCACAAAGCACAAUCCUACCAAAAGCGAUUAAGAGUCUCAACAACCUUCGCCAGCUUCAGUUUACUUCUAACUUCUGCUGUCUUUCCUCACUCAAACUUUUCCUACCAACUAUACUAUAAUACUAACCACCUCUAGGCUUAGUAUUACUAUAAACCAAUGAGUCGGGAUCAAACUUAAAGUGGGCAAAAAAGAGAUGGCUAAUAAUUAUAAGACCAUUCAUUGGUUCCUCUUAGCUCAUCUCCUACUGCAAUUAUCAAACAUAUAUGCAAGAGUUCCAGCCAUUAUAGUGUUUGGAGACUCUUCUGUGGAUUCAGGUAACAACAACCAGAUCUCCACAAUCCUAAAGAGUAAUUUCGAGCCUUAUGGUAGAGAUUUCAUCAGCGGUCAACCCACCGGAAGGUUUUCCAAUGGUCGAAUUCCAACAGACUUCAUUUCUGAAGCUUUUGGGAUCAAGCCAACAAUCCCUGCAUAUUUGGAUCCAACAUAUGAUAUAAAAGAUUUUGCUAGUGGAGUAUGCUUCGCUUCGGCUGGAACUGGUUAUGAUAAUGCUACUUCUGAUGUGCUAUCUGUAAUACCUUUGUGGAAGGAAAUGGAAUACUAUAAGGAAUACCAGAAGGACCUGAGAGGAUAUCUAGGCGAAGAGAAAGCGAAUGAGGUCCUAUGUGAAGCACUCUACCUGAUGAGCAUAGGAACCAACGAUUUCCUAGAGAACUACUAUGUUUUGCCAAGACGAUGGUCAGAGUUUUCUAUCGAGGAGUACCAGCAUUUUCUAGCAGGUAUUGCAGGAAAUUUCAUCAGAGAGCUCUACAAUCUCGGAGCUCGGAAGAUAUGCAUAGGUGGGGUUCCUCCGAUGGGGUGUUUGCCAUUGGAGAGAACUACAAACAUCUUGUCCGGGAGUGAGUGCAUAGAGGAAUACAACAAUGUUGCCAAAGAUUUCAAUGAAAAGUUGAAGGGAUUGAUUGCAAAUCUGAACAAGGAGCUGGCUGGAAUCCGACUGGUGUUUUCGAACCCAUAUGAUAUCCUCUUGGAAAUCAUUCAGAAUCCAGAGUCGUUUGGUUUUGAGGAUACAGCAAAAGCAUGUUGUGGAACGGGCUUGUUCGAGAUGAGUUAUUUGUGUGAUCAAAUAAACCCAUUUACAUGUUCAGAUGCAAAUAAAUACAUAUUUUGGGAUUCCUUCCAUCCCACAGAGAAAACGAACGGUAUUGUCGCUGAUAAUGUGAUGAAAAGUAGUCUAGCCGAGUUUCUCUGGUAACUGGACGGCAUUGCUCUCCCUGUUGUAAUUGGAAUUGUCCACAUCAACUGAGAUCCUCCCCAAACUUCACUACGACAAACCGAAUGUAUUCUUUCUUUUUAUUGAAUCUACGUAUAUAAUGUAACAGGCAGGUGAAUGAGAUGACAAGAGUGCAAGAGGUUUUGCCCACUCUUUUAAACUA